GCCCUCGUUCUUCUCAUAGCAAAGUUGACCCUCAGUACUGCUAUGUCGUCGAGGAUUCUCGGGGCCAUCGUAUUGGAAAACUAUCAGGUGAGCGAGAGCUCCGAGUAUUUCGUCCAGGGGAAGAAUUCUACCGAGAGCUAUGCGGAGGCCGCGAAGCAGUACGGGAAGGACCAGAAACAACAGAAGAUCGCAGCCCUCGCUCAUCCUCACGUACACGUCUGGAAUGCAUGGAUCAUCGUGGCGAAGACGUCUCUUGGAGUGAAAGACCUCGACCCGCCGAAGGCCACCAGUCUUCAGCAGUACAUCGACAAGAUGAAACAAGGCAGCCCCGAGACGUCCAAAUACCUUCACAAUCUCCUGAAAGAAGUUCAAUAUGCACGAUGCUGCAAGACCUACGACAGCAAGACCAAGCGCCUGGAGGUCAACGUCAAGCCCAACAGCGACAGCGAGAAGGUAUUGCAGCAAAUCCUGGUUCCGUUGUGGCUACGCGACAAAGCAGUGAAGCUCGAAGGAGUGGCGCCACCAGGGGACCUCGAGCGCAGGAUUCAGCAGGCGAUCGACGAGUUCGAGGCGCUCGACGAGUACAGCAGGCAGAUCAUCCUGCUGCGGACGCUCGUGCUGUGCCUGUCCCAUCAGCCGAUCAUCGAGUUCGGCACGCAGUGA